AUGGAGCUGAAGGCUUUUGUUGUCAUUUCUCUGCUGAGGUGGCAGAGCUUGCUUACUCAUUGGCUGGCCGAGAAGGCAACGCUUGGUUGCUCAUUGGCUGACCUUGGCAAAGAUGCUGCUAGCUCAUUGGCUGACCUUGACUGUGAUGCUGCUAGCUUAUUGGCUGACCUUGGCAGUGAAGCUGCUAGCUCAUUGGCUGACCUAGGCAGUGAUGCUGCUACCUCAUUGGCUGACCUAGACAGUGAUGCUGCUAGCUUAUUGACUGACCUAGACAGUGAUGCUGCUAGCUCAGUGGCUGACCUAGACAGUGAUGCUGCUAGCUCAUUGGCUGACCUAGACAGUGAUGCUGCUAGCUCAUUGGCUGACCUAGACAGUGAUGCUGCUAGCUUAUUGGCUGACCUUGUUAGUGAUCCUGCUAGCUCAUUGUCUGACCUAGACAGUGAUGCUGCUAGCUCAUUGGCUGACCUAGACAGUGAUGCUGCUAGCUCAUUGGCUGACCUAGACAGUGAUGCUGCUAGCUUAUUGGCUGACCUUGUUAGUGAUCCUGCUAGCUCAUUGUCUGACCUAGACAGUGAUGCUGCUAGCUCAUUGGCUGACCUAGACAGUGAUGCUGCUAGCUCAUUGGCUGACCUAGACAGUGAUGCUGCUAGCUUAUUGGCUGACCUAGACAGUGAUGCUGCUAGCACAUUGGCUGACAUAGACAGUGAUGCUGCUAGCUCAUUGGCUGACCUUGGCAGCGAUGCUGCUUGCUCAUUGGCUGACCUAGACAGUGAUGCUGCUAGCUCAUUGGCUGACCUUGACAAUGAUGCUGAUAGCUCACUGGCUGACCUUGGCAGUGAUGCUGCUCGCUCAUUGGCCGGCCCAGGUAGUAGCACUGUUUGA